AUGAGGAACAGGAACUGGCUUCAGGCUUCAAGCAGUGCAGAAGAUGCCUUCUCGGAGCUGAAACUCCAGGAGUAUCUCAGUGGCUCGCCAGCAUCAAAAGCGUCCUUGGUUUAUUUUAGGAGGGAUGCUUCUCCUUCUGUGGAUGUGUUCCUGGAACAGCUGGAGAACUCCGUAGGAGCUCUUCGAGAUUAUGGGAUUUCAGUCUUGAAGGUUAACUGCCACCAGGGAGAAGCAUUAGGGUACUGCAGAGAGGACAGUUCCGUGGGAAAGGCAUACCUGUUCAAGGGACAUGUGCUGAUUCGUGAGCUCCCGACGGAUGCCUUGUUCAGCGUGGAUGCCAUCGUAGCAAACGUCCUCUUUGCCCUCCUCUUUAAUGAGGUGAAAUACGUCGCCACACCAGAGGACCUCAGGAAUCUGGAAAACGCACUUCGGGGUCAGUUGGACCUUGUGUUUGCCUACGUCCAAGCUGUAGGGACUGCAGAGCACAGAGUGUUGAUGGAGGCAGCUUUCGUCUACGGCUCUCUGCACCGAUUUGCCUUGACCACCGAAGUGAUGCUUCUGAAGAGCAUUCAUGACGAAGAGUCUGACAUACCACCCUCAAAACUCUUUUUCUGCCACUGCAAGAUGGCCGCCGAUCCGGGCCAGCCGUGCCGCAGGACACUGAUGGAGCAGCCGCUGACCACGCUGAACGUCCACAAGUUCCUGAAGCUGAUGGGGGAGCCGCUGGUGAUGGAGGUCACGGCAGAUCCGGAGAAGGUCUCGACUGCUCACCUCCAGCUCGGCCUUCCGCUGAUCUUCAUUCUCACGCAGAAAGAAACCCUGGAGGCGGACAGAAGGACAGCUGAAUUUGUGGCCUGGAGAUUGCUGGGGAAAGCGGGGGUGGUCCUCUUGUCGAGGGGUGUUGCAGGUUUGGACUUCCUUCUCCGGUAUAACGUGGCCAUCAAGACAGCAGCUGAGGGAGUGAAGUACCUGAUCUUGAAGGACACGGAUGAAAUCAUUGCGCUGAUGGAAAGUGGUAAACAGAGUGACCACAUCCCAGAGUAUGAGGAGGAGGAAGAGGAAGAAGAGGAAGCUGGCGAAAGCUAUGAGCAAGAGAUCCAAGACGAUGAGGUGGUGGAAUCUAUUGUCAGGGACAGGCGACACGAACUACCCCUAGAGCACAUCCUGACCUUGACGGAAGAGUCGUUCAGCCCCACUCUGGCAAACUCCGACUCCGUGGCGGUUCUGUUCUAUGCCAGUUGGGAAGCUGUCUCCCUGGUCAUGAUGCAGUCUUACGUAGAGGUGGCCGCUCGUUUGAAAGGGACGCCUGGGGUCUCGCUGGCAAGGGUCAACUGCUGGGACUGGCCACACGUUUGCACCCAACAAAACGUCACCCAGUUCCCCACCAUCAAGACGUACGAAAAGGGAGGCAGAUCACUGACCUACUCCAGGAUGUGGGACACAGAGGAGGCUCUGAGGUUCAUCAAGCUAAGCCGAACCUCUGGCCCUGUAAGGCUGACAAGCCCUGCAGAAGUGGAAGAAUAUUUAAGCAGCAAAUCCCUGCCUCCGUCUCCUGGCGUCUCCAUUCUGGGAUUAUUUGACUCCAGCACGCACAAUGCAAAAGAGUCUUUUGUUGAAGCCGCGGAGGCCCUAAACGGACACGUAAUGACAGGGAUCUACAGUGGAGACGACGCUUCAGUUGUUGCCCAGAAAUACAAGGUUCCUCUUCCAGCCCUGCUGCUAGUGAGGCCAGAAAGCUCAAAGAGGAAUGUCAUCCACCUCUCCAAAAGUAGCACCCAGGAUGUGGCUGAAGUCAUCCGACGUGCAUUAAUGGACCCGUUCCCGGAAAUCACAGUAGGAAAUCUGCCGGAGUACUUCCAGUUACAGAAGCCCUUGCUCAUCUUGUUCAGCAGUGGUGCUUUGAAACAAGCCGAUGAAAAAGAAAUGAGGCUUUUGGCCAGAGAGGAGAACCACAAAUCCUUCCUCUCCUGCUGGCUGAACCUCGAGAACACCCCUGUGGGCAGAGGGAUCCUGAAGGUCUAUUUCGGAAGCCCUCUUCCUCCCUUGCCUCUCCUCAUUUGGGUCAACCCCCAUUCAGGAGGCAAGGUGUUUGCGUUUCCUUCCGGUCAGUCCAUCACCGAAACCAACGUCCUAGCUUGGAUUGAGAAACUGGAAUCCGACCUGGAAGCUCCGAGCACAACCUUGUCUGAGGAAGACUGGAAGCCCCGCCUUCCCGCCUACGACUUUCUGAGCCAGAUGGCGCCCAACCUGCCCGAAUUUACCAUUUACAGUUGGCGGAGUGGCCAUCAGGAAGAGGCGGUGGCCAACCCUGGAGAGAAGAAGGCGGCAGAGGUGCGGGAAGACCUCGUCGAAGACUCCACUGUGGCCGAACUGGAAAAGGAGUCGCCGACUGGCGGGGACUUGCGGGGGACAGUCCCACGCCUGGCCGCGAGGGAGAAACAAGCGAAGCGCCACAUGGAGUUGUGA